GAGAGAGACAGGCAGCGAGCGGCCGAGAUGUUAGCAGCGUGGCAGCGGGAGCACCUGAAGCACCUGCAGCAGGCGGAGGAGCGGCGCAGGCAGCGCAGCGAGGAGGUGCAGCGCAUGAAAGACGGCAUGCGCCGCCUGCAGCGACACCUCGACCUCCUCAACUCUGGCAGUCCAGGGGGGAGGCGAGGGGGUGGAGAGGGGUUGGCGAGUCCAGGGGUGUUUAGACAGGCGCAGCAGCACCAGCAGCAGCUGCUGCAGCUGAUGCUGGCAGGAGGGAGAGUGAGGGGAGGAGGGGCAGUGGGAGGAGAGGGAGGUGGAGGAGGAGGAGGAGGUGGAGGUGGAGGGGGGUGGGUAGGAGCUGGGGGGAGAGGGGAGGUGGAGGGGGCUGGAUGGCUGGUAGAUCGGGCUUUAGCUCCCCUUCCACCUGCACCAUCUGCUGCUGCAGCUGCUGCUACGACUUUUGCUGCUGCUGCUGCUGCUGCCCAUAAUACAGACCAUCUUCCUCAGUCAGACACAGCAGGUCAACUCCCCCCCACCUCCCUCCUCCCUCCCCCGGCACUCCCCCCCCCCCAACCCACACACUCAAGCACUUUCUCCACUCCUUCCUCCUCCCCACACCCUCAUACCCAACCCCUCCCCUCCUACGCCUCCUCCUCCCACUCUCUCCCUCCUUCCUCCUCCCCCUUUUUCCCUCCCCCGCUCUACCCCCCUUCCACCACUGCCUCCCCAGCUGUACCUCCCCCGGCUGGCCUUCCCCCAUGUUUCCAGGGUUUUCUGACUCUUCCCCCAUGCUCCCCUCUGCGUCUACUGGUCCCUCGUUCAAUACGGUUAUGGGAAGAGCUCGGGCUGCGGCUUUGAGGGCACAGGCCAGCCGGGCAGGGGAGGUAUGGAGGGGAGGAGUGGAAGGAGGAGUUGAGGGGGCAUCAGCAGCUCAUUCACUUUCCUCAACCCAUACUGCAUUGGAACCACCGACAACAUCAGUACCACCGUUAGCAAUAGCAAUACCAUCAGCAUCAGCAGCAGCAGCAACCGCAGCAGCAGGACCAGUGAGGGAAUUGCGUUCUCGUGCGUCUUCCCUCUCCUCCCCUCCCUCUUCUUCUCCUAGCACCACCGCCACCCACCCUCCCAGCACUGCCAGCACCAGUGCUGCUAACAGCCUAUGGAAGCGGGCGGCAGGGGGCCUUGUCGGGCGGCGAAGUGGGCGGCUGAUUCCGACUGGUAUGCAGCAGAUGAUUGGCCAGGGGGUGGCUCAGAUGCAAUCGAUGGUCAUAGCUGGGUUAGAGGAUAUACUAGAUAUGGAUUUGGACGGAGGAGGGGAGAUUGGUGAUGCAGGGUUGAGUGCGGUGGGAAGCAGUGGGGGUGGUGGGCCGAGUAGGCUGGAUUUGAGUGCGGUGGAGAGCGGUGGGGCGAACGUGGCGGGUGUAGGGAGUGGUGGGAUCAGCAGUGCUGAUGGUCUUGGUGCCUUGGGAGGGGGUGGUGUGGGUAUGGAAGAAGGGAGUGUGAGUGCGAGGACAGGCAGGCAACGCAGCAGUAGCUGUCAGUGGCCCGAGGGGUCUCACCUCAUGGUGGGUGAUUCUCAGAGGCUAGAGGGAUCUCAUAGGCUAGAGGGGUCUCAGAGGAUAGAGGGAUCUCAGAGCUACAGGCAGACUAGGUUGAGCAGAGGAUCAGGCAGCGAUGCUGCUGCUGCUGCUGGGUUAAGCAUAGACACGAUAGAGGAAGCCAAGGAGGAAGGCAGAUUGGACGUGGACCAGUCAGGCUCUGAGAUGACGUGGACAGAUCCCAGAUCCGAGUAUGGCAGCCCGGCACGCCACGUCAGCGAUGAGGUGGAUGUGUCAGCAGUCGCCGAUGCUUUGCCAGCUGUACAGGAAGUAGCGUUUAGCCAAUCAGGUGCUGGCUGUGUUCGGAGAGACGGCAUGGUGGAGGAGGGAGGAGCAGUUGGGGUUGGGGAGAUUGAGGAGGAGAGGGACGGAGGUAUGACUGGCGAUGGGGUUGGGGGUCAGGGAGUGGCAUUUGGUGGAGGAACUAGCUGGGGAGGGGGCAGAGAGGGUCGAGGGGAGGAGGGCUUGAGUGCGUCUGAGGCUGCUGCUGCUGCCAUAGCAGCGGGAGGAGGGCUGCAAGGAGCAGCAGCCGCGGCUGCAGCUGCUGUUUUAAGUAGGCAUGGGCAGAGGGGAACAGCAGGAGAGGGAGACUGGUCCGGCGGAAAAGAGGGGGGAAGAAGAGCAGGAGGACGGAGACUGGGCGAAGGAAUGGGAGAAGGGAUGAGAAAAGGGAUGAGAGAAGCAACAGGUGGAACACAUGCAGAAGGCCCUGCCAUUGGUAACACCGUAACCAACGCCACCACCACCACCUCCACCCCCUUCCCCUCCGCCUCCUCCCCCCCCUCCCCAUCCCGCCGUGCCUUCUCCCGCCUGCGCUGGCUGCUCCAGUCAAACAGCGACGUGGUAACCGGCGUCUUCAUGGUUACCGCCUUCUGCUGGAACCUCUCUCUCUCCACGCUCGUCUUCCCCCUCGCCCUCUUCCUGUACGCCCUCGUCUCCAACCCCUCCCCCGGGCCGAGAUUCUGGCGGGCUAUGCUCGUGUACUCCGAGAUUCUGAUUGCCUUGGAGUAUCUGUAUCAGAUCCCGACGCAUGACAGCUGUGCCAGCUGGAUUGAGGGGAAUGGGGCGGGGGGGAGUGGGGGAAAGGGAGGGGGAGGGGGAGGUCGGGGGCCGGCAACAGGGGGAGGUGCUGUCCCCCCUAGUGGAAGAGGAGGAGGGAGCGGGGGAGGGAAAGGAGGGGCGGGGGGGCUUCCUUCAGGGUGGUUUCCAGGGUGGAUUGGUGCUGGUGGUGGUGCAGAGGGGAUGGACCGCCUACUUGCAUUUAUAGGCAUCCGACCGUACCCUAGCUGGUUUGUGUGGAACGUGCUUCCUCUCUUUGCUGUCUACCUAGCCCUGCUGGUCCAAACCUCCAUCCGCUACAGGAACAGCCAGUCCAAGGACUCGAGGGACUCUAAGAAACUUGCUGAACCUGAGGAGGAGGUCAGGUUCGGAAGCUUCCAAGCCUCGGGUGGUGGUUCAGGCCAAGCCGGAUGUGAGGGGGGUGGAAGAGACAGGGGAGAGGGCAGGGGUAGGGAGGCGAGGGGGCCUGUGCUGAGGAAGGUGGUUUCUGGGGCGGGUUGAAGGGAACUGCGAGGGUGCUUGGUAGACUGGUAGGGGCCAGCCAAGCUGUUCAUGUUCAUGCUUAUGUGGACGAUGCUGCUGACAUGGAUGAUGCUGACGUGGAGGCGUCUUCUCCUCUGCUUAGUGGCAAUCGUGCGUCCACCUUCCCUCAGACAGCUGGCAAUCGCAGCAGCAGCAGCAGUUUUCUACAGAGCAGGUGGAGGAGCAGUAGCAGCAGGAGGAGGGGUGGAGCAGCCCAACAAUACAGCAGCAGCAGGAGCGGCAGCGGCAGCGGCAGCAGGAGCGGCGUUGCUGAUUCACCUCCACCCCAGCCGCUGUCCUUUUUUAAGCGCUUAUGGAUUCGGGGGUCAUGUAGAUUCACUGCAGCUUGGAGGGGAUUAAUUAGGUUCUUAAGAGCUGCUAUGGAGGGGUCGGAAGCGCCGCCCUACUUUGUCCAGGUGGUUCUGUACAACGCGGAUGGGUGGACGGCCAAUCAGAUGAUGCCAGGUGUCAUUGAGAGAGCGUUCAACUACUUGUUGGUGGCUGCGGAUGAUGUCGCAGUGCCUGCUGACGUGGCUGUGCCUGCUGAUGUGGCAGGUGCCGGACCUGCACAGGGAGGAAGAGUAGGAGGGGUCAACACGGCGACCCGCUUGUUUGGGAAUUCCAGAAAGCAUGUGCAUUUUGAGCCGGAAGGAGCAGCGGUGAUGCAUGCAGAGAGGUAUUCCAGGCAAGGUGUUGAGCAGCAGCAGCAGCAGUUUCAACAUGAGACUCAGCAUCGGGCUCAGAAGCAACAGCUAGAGCAGCAGGCGCUUGCUUUGCUUCCGUGCGAGUACCAGCAGUUAGUGCGGGUGCACAGUGUAGACGCUGUAGAGUGUGCCAACACCCUUACUGCUUCCGGUGCUGCCCAUAGCGUGGCCAGCCCUUCAGCUGCCCAUAACAGAGCCGCCACUGGAGCCACAGCCACGCUUGAAACCCCAGCAGCAAGUGCAGCAGAUACAGCCACAGCCACAGCAGCAGCAGCAGCAAUUCCGCAGGGGGCUGCACAUCCUGCUGCUGCCUUUUCUCCAACCGCUGCUGCUGCCGAUGAAAGCACUCACUAUUCCUCGCUCCCUCACUUUCAUCCUCACUCACAGCUCCCUGUUACAGACACUCUGGUAGUGGUGCUUGAGGUGGUAACCAACACCACUGCCGCUGCCUCUGCCUCCCCUCCUACCUCCUCUGAUACCCCCUCCGACUCCCCAGCUUCUCAAUGCACCCCCUCUCAGCCACACACGUGGCAUGACACCUGGCAGUCGCUCACACCAUCUGCUGACGUGGCAAAGAGGCUCGGGAGGUUCCUGAGCGGUGGGGGGAGGCCC